AUGGAACAAAGCUUAUUAGAUAAAGCUAUUUCAAGUCCGAGUGUUCCACCACAAUACCAACAAAAAGUAGUGGAAGAAGUACUUAACCCACCAAAUAACACAUACCAACGCAAUGCCAACUCCCAGAGAAAAGGCAACGUCAUUCCAUUUAAGCCACAAGAACCUCCCCAACAACAAUCUCAACAAGCUCAACCCGAUAAGUCACCAACACUAUCACUACAAACGUCCUCUUUAAAUGAGCAAAAUGAAUUGUCUGCUUACAACGACUUGAACGACUUUGAAAAGAAACUUCAGAAACAACCAUUUUUAAAUAAUUUUAUUAAAACAACCGUUGAGAAAGGAGACUCUAUGAUGUUCUCAGACUUAAUUUCUUCGAACCACCGUUCAAUUCUGGAGUUUGUAGAUAAUAUGACAUUGGACACAUUACUUCACAUUUCAUGUAAAACAAACCACGUCGACAUUUUGAAGCAGAUCAUCGCAUUGAUCAUCUCGAAGAACCCAAAUGUCUAUGUUGUGAAGCAAAACAUAUUAGGCGAGACUCCCUUGAUUUGUGCAAUAGAUGCAAACAGUAGUGAGUGUGCCCUCUUUCUUCUCACAAGUACAAUAGAUAACAUGCUUGGUGCAACAACACACGCUGAUAACACGACUGUUCUCCACCAUUUGGCACUCUCAAAGCUUACCGAGGCCAAGAAGACUCUUCUCUUCUCUAUGAUGCACCCCACACACGAAAUUCUCAAUUUCGUGUCUUCAACGGGCGAAACUGCUUUGGACACGGCUUUGAAUUCAGACGGGAAUAGGAAGUUAGUCAAAUUAUUACUCCACCAAGGCGCAGUGUAUACCAAAAAACAUGACAUGAUCAUUGAAAAGGGAUUUUCGUAUGAGAAGACGAUGUACUGGGAUGAAGUGGCGCAGUACGAAGAACAGAAGUCCAAAAUCGUCUGGCGAACAAUGGUCGAGUUUUCAAAACGCGAGACGGGGACGGUGGUCUUCAAACUCAAAGCCUUUGUCAAGGAUUUGGGAAAGUCCAGUCCGAUCGACGACUGGAAGAAACUCUUCAAUGUGAAGAGUGAAAUGGACACCUCAAAGAUGUUCGGGCCAAACACAAUGACUUCGCCCGACCAACUGUAUUUCCUCGAUAAUUGUUUAAAAGACCUCGAGCUUGAAAAUUUGAAGAAUCAGUUGAUAUUAGCAGCAAAGUCCAGAAAGUUAGGUGGGGUGUUACGAGGGAGUGAGACGUCGUGUAGUGUUGUUGAUGAGCGGAUAUUGAAGAAAUUGUUUGAGAUGAAGGAAGAGUGUAUUGACCGGUUUGAGAAAGUUGGUGGAGACUACGGAGAAGAGAGGACUCCGAUCUUUUUGAAGCUUGAAGAGGUCGUGUUUGGGAGUUUCUGUUCAAUGAAAUUUUAG